UCCUAGUUUAAUAGCUGAGAAGGAGAUAGUUUUGGAGGCUAGGCUAUACUUUAAAAAUAUCAACUGCCAAGACAGAGGCUGAGCUAUCCCAAUCGUUUUGACAAGUGGAGGUGGCUGUUCACCUUUCAAUCAGCUGGCGCCAAUCACAUGAGAUCUGGUCAAUCAACUUCAAAGGAAAGAAUUGGGAGAGCACACUCCUGCGUCUUACUUUCAGCUGGAAAGCCAUGUUUUGUGAAUAAAAUGUGUCUGUUAAGAAAAAGGAUGAUGCACUUGAAGAGGGAAACCAGAGAUACACCAGCAGAUUCAGAGACUGAGUAUGAUAACAUUUCAUCUACCCCUGAAGACCUUCCACCUUCAGAUAACCAGAUAACUGGGGCAGAAGAAAGAACUGUUCCAGCGUACAUUCUUAUUUAUUCAAACAGUUUAAUUCUAAAUUGUUUGACUGAAAAGCUGUUAAUGCAGGGAAUCAUUGAUCCCAAAUACGUAUGGACUGGUCCCCGAGGAGAAAUUACUAGAGAAUCACAGAGGUUUCUUUUAACGGAUGAUGGUAGCUUGGAGAUUUAUAAUAUUAAAGGCAGUGACUCUGGAGGUUACACUUGCAAAGUGAAUUAUAUAUACAAUGAUGAACAAAUGACUACCGAAAUCCAUUUCAUGGUUUAUGUGUAUCAUAUGCCAGAGAAGAGUCUCCGUCUGUCAUCUGAAUUCACGGUUCAGAACUGUGAAACCAAUGCAGUUGCUUCGUUUGAAAAGCAUUUCCUAAAGAAAUUGGAGAGCUUAGUCUACAACCUGGGGUGUGAGAUUAAGCAGUGGAGUACACAGUGUCAUGCUUCUACAGACACACUGGAGAAGAUAACACACAAGCUUACCUUUCAGUUUGUAGUUUUUCCUUUAGCACUGACCAUAGCAGACCUCUGUAGAAGUUCUCAAUGUGAAAAUUCCACCAGCAACAUGAAGGAGGCCUAUACCAGGAUUACUGAGUUCUUUGAAGUCGAAAACGCGAACUCCUCUCACAGUGAUUAUUCAAGUUACCUUCAUGGUACACUGAAUGGAGUUAAAGUAGACCACUGCAAGCCAGGAUUUGGGAAGAUCAUACCUGAAAAUGCCCCCAGCGAUAACACAGAAUGCCCAGGAUGUUGUGUCACCUGCCCGCCAGGUAGAUUCAGUGCAGAAUAUGGUACCAUCUGCACUCUGUGUCCUGCUGGAUCCUACAAUGGAAAGUAUGGUCAAGCAGCAUGUGAAAAUUGUCCCAAAACACAAAGCAGUGAUGGAGAGGGUGCAAAGACAGGAAGAAGUUGUCAUAAAAUCCUACCAAUGUGGAUGCUUCUUGUAAUAUCUUCCGCAGGAACCAGUCUUAUUCUUGUGACAAUUUGGGUCAUCAUAAGUAAGUGCUUCAAAAAAACAAUAGCUGCUCAAUACAUCAGACAAGCAGAAUCUGGACUUAAGAGGAGGGUGAAGGCAUUUGCGAAUAUUGCAAGUGAUGCAGAAGUACAAGAGCAAAGAAGCAAAUUAAGCCCCAUCAAAAUGCACAAAAACAAAGUUGAUUUUCUGGAAGAUGAAUCAGUGGGAUUGUUAAGCAACGAUGAAGUGACAGAACCACCCACCCCUGCUGGUACAAGUCCAUCUCCUGACCCAAUAGGACUAAGUGAUUUAGAAAGCAGCUUUGAAGACAAAAUACCCACGCUGGACAAUGAAAAUUUAAUUCCAAAGGACCUGCCAUCCAAUCAGCAGAGAUUAGCUGACAUAAUGAAGCACAAUAUGCCCUAGCUGCUGUAAGGUUCUUCACAGCUUUGCAUAAACCUACAAUUAGGAAACAGAGGAAUAACUUCCUAAACAAUGUUCACAAGAAAGCUGAAAAAUGAGCUUGCUUAGUGCUUGCAAAUGGGAAGCAAUUUUCAAUCUCUCUCAGAACCAUUAACAACACUAUUUCUGGAGAGCACUUCAGCAGGAUAAUGUAGCUUCGAGGGCAGUGCAUUGAAGUACACUCCUUUUCCCCCUCAAACUGGCAAACUGUCCAGUUUAGCAGAUAAUGGAAAUUGUUGAAGAAGCUUACUUUACAAAGAACUUGCUACAGAGCCAAAGUAGAAUCUAGACCAAAAGCGAUGCUGAGUUUAGAACUAUUGUAUUCUGUAAGCCAAGUGGAAAACGUAAGGAUAUACCGUUUACAAUA